GGCUCGACUCGUCAGUGCGGCCUGAACGGUUAACCGGCCUACUUCUUUACGUGGUUGUUUCGAUUUCCCCUUUCAUUGUCGCGAUCUACGUCGUCGUCGUCGUUCCUCCUUCUCAGCUCGUCGCGACCUCCGAAUUCUGAGCACGAGCGAUCGAAUUUUGGCGGCGAUCGUUCGCAGACCAUCGAACGCGGGGAUCGUAACCAGGAGAGAACGGAUUGUUGUCGGUGUUCAAUUCGCGCGACCAACUCGGUAAGAUACGAUCAACAGCCAUUAGGAUACCGGGAAACUCGAGAGAAAGCUAGGAGAACAGAGAGAACCCGAACGCGAAAGGAGCAUCACAGCCAGUAUACAUAUACGUAUUCCGAUCUCUCGCUGCUGUCGGUAAUUGUCGUCGAGCUGGACGCAGAGGCAGGAGAGGCAGCGACGGUGUUUGCUCUCUUGGAGAAUCUCCCGAGCGAUGAUCCGUGAACUGGGAAUGUAGACGGAAGGGCGAAAAAACCGGAUCUGCCCCUCGCAGGAUCGAAGGAAGGGCUUUUCCUCCACCUCCGCCAUCAUCUUCGCCGUUACCUCACCCUCGAAUACCUUCAACCUCCGCAUCAACUUGGACACUGCGAGGACGACACGAUGCCAAGAAACCGAAGUUCCUUGACGAAGUUCGAAGCCCUGAUGGUGCUAAGCCUAACUGUGCUCGUCCAACUGGACGUCUGCUGGUGCUCGCCGUCGCACAGGAGUAGACACCACGCGGACAUGUCCCACGAGGACGCGAAGAGUUUUCGGACGAGCGAGGAGCUGCCCAAACCGGCCGCCCUCGGUUCGACCGACGAUCCGCUGGUGGUGCAGACCAGGAAGGGCAAGGUCAAGGGUAAGACCAUGACUGCGACCACAGGAAAGGAGGUCGACGUCUGGUUCGGAAUACCAUACGCCCAGAAGCCUCUCGGAGCGUUGAGGUUCCGACAUCCGAGGCCAGCGGAACGUUGGUCGGGCAUCCUAAACGCGACCGCGCUGCCGAAUAGCUGCGUGCAGAUACUGGACACGGUGUUCGGCGAUUUCGCAGGUGCGACUAUGUGGAAUCCGAACACGCCGCUCAGCGAGGAUUGCCUUUACGUCAACGUGGUCGCGCCACGGCCUAGGCCUACCAAUGCCGCUGUUAUGGUAUGGAUAUUCGGUGGUGGCUUUUACUCCGGAUCGGCGACCCUCGACGUAUACGAUCACAAAACCCUGGUGUCCGAGGAGAACGUGAUAUUAGUCUCGAUGCAGUAUCGAGUCGCCAGCCUGGGUUUCCUGUACUUCGGAACCUCGGAUGUUCCUGGGAACGCCGGUCUGUUCGAUCAGAUGAUGGCCCUUCAGUGGGUUCGCGACAAUAUCGCUGCGUUCGGCGGAAACCCCGACAACGUGACCCUGUUCGGAGAGAGCGCGGGCGCCGUUUCCGUUUCUAUGCACCUCCUUUCGCCUCUGUCAAGGCACCUAUUCAGCCAGGCGAUCAUGCAGUCCGGCUCUCCUACGGCGCCCUGGGCGAUAAUCUCGCGCGAGGAGUCGAUCGUACGCGGUAUCCGGCUGGCCGAAGCCGUCGGUUGCCCGCACGAUCGCAGUAACCUUCAGGAGGUGAUCGAUUGCCUGCAGACGAAAGACCCGAUCGAGCUGGUGAAGAACGAGUGGGGCACUCUUGGCAUCUGCGAGUUCCCGUUCGUCCCGGUGAUCGAUGGCGCCUUUUUAGACGAGACUCCGCAACGAUCGUUGGUCACCUCGUCCUUCAAGAAGGCGAACAUCAUGAUGGGCUCUAACACCGAGGAGGGUUUCUACUUUAUCAUUUACUAUCUGACCGAGCUGUUCCGCAUCGACGGGACCGAGGACGUAAAGGUCACGAGGGAACAGUUCGUUAGCGCGGUCUCGGAGCUGAAUCCAUACGUGAAUCAGAUCGGGAGGCACGCGAUCAUUUACGAAUACACCGACUGGCUGCACCCGGACGAUCCACACGUGAACCGCGACUCACUGGACAAAAUAGUCGGCGACUAUCAGUUCACCUGCAACGUGAACGAGUUCGCCGAUCGGUACGCCGACACGGGGAACACCGUUUACAUGUACUACUACAAGCAUAGGUCGGCAAACAAUCCGUGGCCGAGGUGGACCGGCGUCAUGCACGCCGACGAGAUCAGUUACAUAUUCGGCGAGCCCUUGGACUCCUCGAAGGGCUACACGCAGGAGGAAGUGAACUUGUCGAAGAGGAUGAUGAAGUAUUGGGCAAACUUCGCCAAGACAGGGGACCCGAACAUCGGGGACGCCGAGUCGUGGACGAUGGCUUACUGGCCGCCGCACACUGCCGCGAAAAAAGAGUACCUGACAUUGGACACCAACAACUCCGAGAUCGGAAACGGGCCUAGGAUGAGACAGUGCACAUUCUGGAAGAAGUACCUUCCGCAACUCCUCUCCGCCACUUCGAAGCUGGAACUCGCCUCGAAGGAAGCGUGCAGCGGCACGAGCGUGAACCCCGGUGGACAGUUGAUGCUGGUGUUGAGCUUACUGCUAAUCGGCACCUUGUUCAGCACCCUGGUUUACCCGGGCGCGAACGGCGUGCCGCACAUCUUCGACGUGAGGGGAAUCGUCUAGCUCCUGGCUCCCUGAACCGUUCCCGAUCGUCGAGUAGACCAGAGCCCGCGGUCGCGGUCGGUGGAAUCGGUGGCUCUCUAAAACGUGUGGACGGAAACGAGUCGAUGGUAUCGCUGAUUAUAGACGAAACGAGAAGCGGAAGUAGACAUAUCAAUGGACCGGAGGCUGCUACUCUCGAUCGACCAGGGACGAGAUCGCGACCAGUCACUCUCUGCCUGGUCAGUGAGAGAAGAGAUUCUCCGACCGGUCAGACGCGGCAUGGCAGAUCUAACGGAAGUCCCCUGUGGACAGGGGAGACGGUAGAAACUGUGCUCUAACGACCCGAAGAUUUUUUUUCGAAGGACCGGACGACGUGUCACCGAUAAGUGUCGUUUUUACAUUACUUUUUCUUAUUCUUUCGUUUCAUCUAUUUUCCCUGCGUGCUCUCGAAAGUGCGAUCGACCAAGUCCUCGCGAUUCCGAGACACGCACCGAUCACGAUUGGCGUCGCUGGUGGAAUAUCGGAACGAUACAGAGGAAAGGAAGCAGUCGGCGGUAAAAAAAAAAAAGACAGGUAGAAUCGAUGGAUCGACGAUGGAACACGAGUAAGUGUCCUCUGAAAACCUCAGCGUCCUGACGCACCGGUGACCGGUCCCAUUACGACGUGUCUGACCUGCACCGACCGCGACUACUCACGCACGUAAGACCGUGGCCGUAUUUAAUUUUCAUCCGAGUAUCACUAGAAACGAAUUUACAAUUUCCGUGUCGAUCGAUGUCCGUGACGAAUGAAGAAUGAAAAACCAAAAUUGCCAUAGCGUGAAACAUCAUAUCGGACGAUUAAUUGGAAGAAAUUCGUUUGUACGCCGCGCGCGCGGAGAAAACCAGUACGUUGCAGCUUUUUAUUGGCGCGAGCGUAGAAAUAUGGGUCAUCGCAUCGGUGCUUUUAUUUUACGAGCGAGAGAUCACCAACGACCUGGACGUUAUCGCGAGGACGCAGCCGUCCUCCCCCGAGCGCGGCACGACGACGCGACGCGUAUAUCUGGCCCCGGUAGGAUAAUCCGGCGUUGACCGUCGGAAAAUUUCAUCGAACGAACGAGCAUUGUUCGUUGCAUUCGUCGUCCUUUCCCUUCGCUGUCCCCGUGACCGACUCGUUCUUUUAUUUUCCCUCGUUGAUCGAAAUCGUUGAAUCAUUUCGACGACUUCUCUUCUGGACGCCAGUCAAAAUCGUGAUAUACCGUUACGAGCGAAUUUCGAGCAGAUAGGGUAACGUCUUCUCGCGGAACACCGAGCUCGUUCCGCUUUUAAUUCGACCGUUAUUGGUGCUCUGCAACUAACUGUCUGCACAGAGGGGUACGGUAAUGCGAGCCGCAAUUCGAUCUAUAUGCUCUGCGGCCGCCUAUAUGUACCUACGUGCGCAUGUUUGUAAUGCGGUACAGCUACUGCAGAGUCAGUUGCACUCGUAUCCGUACGAAUCGCGGAGACUUAAACGCCUUCGUACCUGACCGGCAACUUCGAUCGUUCCCAAUAGCCGACGAUCACGAAUGAAUCGUCGGCUGAUACACCUUCGUUCACUCGUUUAAUCAUUGAACAAUCGAACAAGUUUUAAUAUUACAAUCUUAUCUUUGUCCAUUCCUUUAGCUCUACGUUCGUAUUUGUAUACAAAAUUCCUGGAGUUAUUUUAGAAUUCUGUUACGUCUGUCGAAAGGUAAUGGAAUUUGUUUAACGCAGAAAUUCUGCGCUCGCCCGAUGUUAAUUCGAGAACAUUUGGACAUUGACGGGCGGCCGUUUAAUUCCCAUGUGCCCGUCGCUAUAAGCGGUACGGUAAAUUGACAGAAAUCAUGCCAGUCUUCUGGAUCAAGUCCCGAUGCGAAUUGCAAAUCGCUCGGCCCGACGCGCCGCGGCGCAACGCCCCUGAUUUGCUCGCGGUAAACUAAUCGACGCUCUGGCUACGCGGUCGAAAUACUCGAUCAGUGGCCCAUUGUGUCCGCGGAACAAGCGGAUUGAUUCGUCGCAAGAACCAGUAUCUUGUAAUUUAGCAAUCAACAGCUUGUAACAGAGACAGUAUCCCUGCUAAUUUUGUUUUCCCACCGAUUCCUUCCUAACAAUUGAGGAAUCGUUUUUUAUUCGCUGAUCGCGUCGUGGAAGAAUCGUGCUCAAUCAAACGCUGUGAUUCUUCGCUCUCUUUUUUUUUAUGAUCUAUUUUCAAUACGAACAUGCUUAAAUCACGUCGCCUUCCUUGCAAGAAGAACUCGAAGCUCCCCCUCGCAUUUGAUCGAUCGCGCGAAACGGACGGUCGAGAUAAGGGAUAUUGGUUUCCAUUAAUUUCGCCGUGGAACAGCGGCGGUCGUAAAAUUUUACGAUGCGACAGCGAAUGCAGAACUGUUGGUGUGUGUCGCAUUAGAACUCGUCCCGGCCGGCCGGCCGGCAGUCUCGAUCGAAAUUAAACGACCGACAGGAUAUGUACUUUGCAUACGGUUCAGGCCUCGGCCGCGUCGAAGGUGCACUCCGAACGUCGUUGGUCGUCGCGUCGCAUCCCAUGCGCUCUAUUUUCCCUCGCGGCUCCGCCAUCGAUUUUACACCAGAAUACGCUUCUAUUCUUCCAGCUUGGCCGCCGAUGAAGGUCGCGCGCCUUGCCGUCUCGACCAUCCCCUUUACGAAACGUCUUUCCCAACUCCCGACUUCCGGAUCGGGCCCAUCGUAUCAGCGAUCGUACCUCUCGUUCUUUUUCUUCGGCCGAAAAGAGAAGUGACACGCGUCCCUAUAGGGUUCUGAAAUUGAUUACGGGUAAAUUGCAAACGCGGAGUCGUAAGCAAUUUCGUCACUCGCAGUUCUUCGCACUUCUUUUCCCCCUGAGGAAAAAGAUGAAUGUACAAGAAUCACGGAAGAUUGCUUAUUCUUCCACAAUGGUCAUUUCUCUCCCUUCAUCUCCUAGUCCUCCGUAUCAUCGAGAUCUUCCAAACUAAAUCCAGUUUUGAAAAUUUGACGGAAGAAACAAGAGCAACGUCUAAAAAACGAAAUCCUUUUCGAUUUCUCCUUUCGCGUCUCGUCCACCUGUUUCCUCGGUGGGAAGUGAGCGCGGCUAAAUUUUUCGAUUGACCACCGAUUAUUAUUUAUAGGUACAUAUCUACUGAAUAUCGUUGUGAGCACAAGAUGACACCGCGUGCGUACACGUACACGCGCGCAUUUUCUGUGUGCACAUGUUCAGCGAACUGUCCGAUAUAUAUAGACAUUAUACAUAUUUGUAUGUAUAAACGCGUUAUCGAUUUAUCCGGGAAUCAACCGAUCUCACUCGCUCUCCCUCUCUGUCUCCUAUUUUUUUCUUAUCGAUCACUGAAAAAAACGACAAUUUCCACUGGCUCGUAGCGAAAUAAGAAUUAUCGGGAAACGUCUGGUCUAAAUUUUCCUAGUCCGACCAGCUUGUAAGGCAAGUUGUCUGUACAAGAAUCGUGUACAACAUAGAGAGGAAUCUUCCAAUCGGCGAAAUCGUCUUUCCUCCCUCUGCUCCCUCCACCCUUUGAAUCGACGAGAGCCUUUCAUCCCUUUCGGACCGAAUCGUUCCCCGCCGUCCCUUGUCCCUGGCGUUUUGCCAGUCCUGCUUUUUCUUACUUAGAUUCUUAUUGGCGUUGAGAACAGAGUCCGUCCUCUCAACGCCACAGGGCAAAAGCUCCUCGAACUUCUUCCUCCCAUUUACCCUUUCACUCGUUUUUCUCCGUCGCACUAGUCAAGAACCAUGACGACUUUCCUUCCGCUUCCAUAUUUUCCCCUUACGAGAUCAGUCAAUUACGUGUAAUAAGCAAGGAAAGAAAGGAACAGAGAGUCGAGGGAGGGAACAAGGAGCUUGCAGAGAUCGGGGAUGAGAGAAGCAUAAAGGAAGCAGGAAAAAUGAAGAUGAGUUCGAUCCUCGAGCCAGCGAAGGUCUCGGCGCACAAACGUAGAAUCAAAAAGAGACGUAUUUCGUUCAUACAAAUAAAUCAAAUUUCCACUAUUUUUUAUCUGUUCAGUCGCGCUGAUCCGAGGAUCGGGAAGCCACGGUCCGUCGAUACGCGUUUCAUGUACAUACAGUAUCGUGUAAAUACAACGUAACGGGUAUAAAUCGAACAACGGUUUAUAUCGAUGAGAUUCCGAUCAUACGAAGAGUACGCGCGUUUACGUGUACGCGAUUCCCUGUAUUCAGGUUCGUCGACGCAACCGCGUAUGUAAACCCAUAAGUAAUUCGCAAAUAGAUAUUUUGGGGACGAUCAGAGGUUUGUAUAUAGUCUAUCGCAGCGAAGAAGGGAAGAGUCUGUCGAUCCUUGAAACGGUAAAAGCGUGCGUGCAAAUUGACCGCAACGAAGAUGAUUUCCAAGAACGUCGGCUGGAACAUUUCCAGAAAGCUUGUUCUCUUAUUGAUUUUUAUUUCAUAUCCUUGGCCCGUCUCGAUGCUCCGAACCCGGAUACUCGGUUAAACGAUUGGUCUCACCAAUUCCGGAAUUCCUUCGCGAUCCUCCUCUAUCAUAUCUUCUCCCCACGGUUCGAGCGUGCCACGUCGCGCUACAUCGGAACUCGUUUCGUCGAGAUGGAAAACCUUUCAGGACGAGAGAGGGACUAGAAAAUUCAUAGGGCGGACAAUCGUGAUCGUAACGCUGCGAACGAAUACCAGCUCGCGACGAUUCCUUCUGAGAACUUUUGCCCCUGCGACACCGUCGACGACGAUCCGAGAAAUAACAGGCCUCCUCAGGUAGCCGGCAGAAGAUUUCAGAACGAUUUGUUAGAAGUCCGUGCAACAGGACUCUAAACGAUCUUCCACCGCGGCGCCAGGCGUCGGGGUGAACGUGAAGCCGAAAAGCGAUACGUACGGUGAAAGAAGGGAAGAAGAAGAAGAAUGAGGAUAAUAACGAUGAACAGGGCUAAGUAAUCCAUGCCAUCGAGCACUCGAUUUUCUCAUCCGCGUUUAAUCGAAAAAAUGAAACGCGGAAGAGGAAACUUUGGCGAAGGAACGCGAUCACAAUAAUUCUGAUCACGGUUCAAGUUUUCUCGCGCAACUAACUGUGACUAUAUCGAUGUAAUUUAAUGUAUAAUAUAUUAUAUAGACGUCGGACGCCGGUCCUCCGUAUAUACCUAUUGAACGACGAUACUUGUCGAUUGCAAAAAUCAACGUAUGAAUAUACAAUGCGAAGACACGAUAUAUCCAUUGUGUAACGGUGAUUCUCGCGAACUAUUCGUAAACCAUCGAUUCUCAGCGUACAAUAAACUCGUGUAAAUAUCAUACACCCCGAGUACGUGUACAUAUCUUGCUAAACAAAGAAAAAAAAAAGUACCUACCAAAGAUUAUUUAGAGGCGAUCGACAGAGGGUGGAUAUCAGUUGCGUGGACGCGGCGGUUGACCUCGAUAUUAGUCAAAGAGUCGAAGGAAGGAUUCUCUCUCACCGCGUUUCUGGUUGCACGAUACGUCGCGAUUCGAUUUCGUGUAGGAAACGAAGGAAAUAAAAGAAAAUCGUGGACGGUGUAAAAGGAACGCGGAAAAUCGGCAGACGUCGGGGAGGACAACGGGGAAAGGAGAAUUUUAACGGAGAGAUCCUUGCUUUUCCUUUCUUCCUUCUAUCGAAUCGAAUGAAAAAAAAAUCUUACUUCUGUCAAUAGGAUUCACAGCGAGUCGCUGGAAAAGUAGCCCGCAGGCCUAAAUACGCUCUAUAAUUAAAUUACAAGAACAAAAAAUAAAACGCAGAGGAACUAAAUAAUUAUCCUAGCCGAACAGCCGGAUCGAAUUCGACACGACAUGAUCCCAAGGUGCGUUCGUCGUCUUCUUCCCGUUUCCGUGUCGUGUCGGAUAACGAUCGUCGAACGCAACCGGCCAGAAAGAAACGAUGCUGCGUUCGUCCGGUGCAUUCUUCCAAACGUUUCUCGCUCUUCCUUGUUCUGUUUCGAUUUCACCAUCGGAAACGAAUCCCGAUCACGUUUAAUUGCGACCAAGCGAAGCUCUCGAAUUAAACGAUUAGAAUACUUUCCGAUAUUAUUCUUCCGCAAAAGACAAGAAUUAUCGUAGGGCCGAAGAAUGCACCGCGAAUGCGAAGGUAGUGCAAAUUAAAAAUGAAACAAAGGUGCAGAAACACGUAACAACUUAAACAUACGGCAGACCGACUACCUAAUAUUACCUAUACGUAUAAAUAUUUAAAUAUAAAUAUAAAGCAUAAUGAUUAUUUGUUAAAUACUAUUAUUGAUUAUUAUUAUUAUUAUUAUUAUUAUUAUUAUUAAGUAGUUACGUACACAUUAUACGAAAACGAGAAAAAUUUACUGCUUGUAUAUAAUGAGAAUACCGUAAUAAAAAUAAUGUGCGAAGGAUAGUGCAGUAAGUUCUGUUGACCAUACAUCCCUUUGCCAAAGAAUAAAAUGGAAAUGAAAACGAUUAUUACUACGUUACAACACGAUACCGUUGCUUUCGAAAUUGUAAUUAUAUAAAAUUGUUCAUAUUUCUCUACGCCUCACUAAUUAUACGAUACGCUUCGCAUCUUGUGAUCGCGACCAAUUCAUUGAUUAGUAGGGAGAUUCAUUAAACGAGUAGAUUGACGUACAUAACAAGUAAUUUAUUUCGAAGAAUAUAUAUGUAUAAAGGUAACAGACGAAGAUGGAAACAAAAAAAGAAAAACAGAAUAAACUUCGUUGUUAAAUCAAACGGAAAAGGUAACAUUUUACAUAUUAUGUAUAAACUAAUGUAAUUUAUGUACGUAUAUAUAAAUACAUAUGUAUCGACAAGAUGAAACCAAUGUAAUAAAAAAGGACACGGUCCGAAUGAGAUACGUGUAAUAAACGUUA